UUUCCUGAACUACAAAGAGCCCGCCCAGGCUUUGCCACAGCCCAGUCCCUUCCCUGCAGAGAGAGCACACAGCUGCAGAGACAUACUCCAGCAGUAAGCACCCAGGCUGACACCUGGCUCAAAGAAGGGCUCUGCGAGGCUUUGUUUGUUCGUGCCUGCCAGAUACAAGGAAGCCUCACGUGUCUGCUUUCCUGUUCCUCUAACGCAGAGACAAACUGUCUCCAGUGACCUGCAGACUCUCAGACUCCAACCUGUAAGCUGGAUCUCAUCCAUGGAGAGGACCCUCACCGUCCUGCAAGUGAGCCUGUACCACUCCACGCCGGACCAGGUUGCCUUUGCCAAGGUCCCAUUACAGCUGCAGCACGAUACCAGUCGGCUGCUGGUGGGACGAGGGAAGGACACCCACAUCCAACUGCAGCUGCCCCAGCUGUCCCGACACCAUCUGUCCUUGGAGCCCUACCUGGAGAAAGGCAGCACUCUGCUGGCCUUCUGCCUCAAGGUACUGUCCCGCAAAAGCUGUGUGUGGGUCAACGGGUUGCCACUGAGGUACCUGGAGCAGGUGCCCCUCAGCACUGUCAACAGAAUCUCCUUCUCCGGCAUCCAGAUGGUAGUCCGCAGAGAGGGGGGUGACUCCCUUGAUACCUUUGUCUGCUACUUCCGGUUCAGCUCCUCACCCCUGAUUUACAGACCCCAGGCCCAGGAGACUGACGAAUGGGAAAACGUAAAGAAAGAGACUCCUCCUGUUCGGAGGGAGGCAACUCAUGGUCUCUUGGGGUCUCCCCAUGGCUCCUCCUGGACUCAGACAGCAGUUUCCAGCCAAGCCCCAGAGGAGCAACAGAAAUGAAACUCCAGAGGGAGUCCCCAAACAUAGCACCCUGCCAGCCCUGCUGGCUGAGAGCAAGCCUUGCUAAAACGGGGUUUGAAAUAUUUGAGCUACGGCAUGCGAGAUUGACACACGAAGCUGACAUGCAAGGCCUGCUGGUCACCCCACUCAUAGCGAACUGAUUCUGUAAACUUUGAGCAGCCCAUGGGUGGAGAAGUGCCCUUCAUGGCUCUGGGUAAUGGGAACUUCAUAUAUUUUAAGAGGCCCUGAGGGGUUCUGGGAGUCUCUCCCAACACCCCCACCCCCCCACACACCAUUUCCUCCCUUGUCUGUCUGCAGUUACUUUAUGUUGCUCAUUUCACAUGCUGCUGAAGAACAGAAGCAUAGGGUCGCAACAGGAAUGCAAGGACACGUGGAGAGAUGACAUUUGGGGUAGCUUGGGGUUGCCUUCAGCUUUCAAAUACCCACAGGCACUUGGGGCUUAGGAAAGCCUGUGUUUAAUAAACUGAAAGUAUUUCAUUAAGCUGGCAUACUCAGUAGGAUUCCCUGAGCCCCAGAUGGGCCACAUGUACGCCAUGUUGUCGUGUGGAGCUGGGAGGAGGAGGGGACCUGGAAGAGG